AUGGAUAGCUCAAAACUUCAUGUUGCUAUACUCUCAAGCCCUGGCAUGGGCCAUUUAAUUCCGGUUCUUGUCUUAGGCAAUCGAUUAGCCACUCACCAUAAUAUCAAAAUUACUAUUCUUGCUAUCACAACUAGCUCUUCAUUAACAGAAACCCAAUUUCUCAAGAAAUCCCAUGAGAAAGAAACUACAGAAAUAAUUCCCAUUCCUUCGGUCGAUAUUUCACACCUAAUAGACUCCAGCACUAAACUUUUCACUCGAUUUAGAAUAUUGGUCCGUGAAACAUUGCCUGAAAUCCGUUCUGUCAUUGCUUCCAUGACUCAUCGUCCAAAUGCUCUCAUAGUCGACAUUUUUUGCACACAAAUAUUGCCUAUAGCCGAAGAGUUUAACAUUCCUAAGUACGCGUACCAUCCUACUACUUUAUGGACAUUGGCGUUAUUUAUAUACUGCCAAGUUUUUGACAAAGAAAUUGAGGGCGAAUAUGUUGAUCUUAAAGAACCUUUGAAAAUUCCGGGUUGCAAAGCAUUGCGACCCGAAGACGUGGUGGAUCCUAUGUUGGACCGGAGCAAUCAACAGUAUGAAGAGUACGUUAAGCUCGGAGUGGAAUAUACGCAUUUUGAUGGAAUCUUGAUUAAUACUUGGGAAGAUUUAGAGCCUGAGACUAUCAAAGCACUUAGAAAUAAUGACAAGUUGAGAUCAGUUCUUAAAGUGCCAGAUUAUCCCAUCUACCCAAUUGGUCCCUUGAGGAGAACAGUUGAAAUAACUGAACGUGACGAGGUGAUCCAAUGGUUAGACAAGCAGAAUCUUGAAUCAGUUCUAUUUGUAUCAUUUGGGAGUGGUGGAACACUUUCAUCUCAACAAAUGACUGAGCUUGCUUGGGGUUUGGAAUUAAGCCAACAAAAAUUUGUUUGGGUGGUACGUCCACCAUCCGAUGGUGAUGCAGAUAGUGCAUAUCUGAACUCUGGACGAAAUGAUACACGUACGGCGUUGGAAUACUUGCCGGAAGGGUUUAUAACUAGGACUAAAGAUAUGGGCCUGGUAGUGCCUAUGUGGGCCAAACAAGUUGAAAUUUUGAGUCAUUCAUCAGUGGGUGGUUUUUUGUCACAUUGUGGAUGGAACUCAACGAUUGAGAGCUUGACGAAUGGCGUCCCCAUGAUUGCAUGGCCAUUACAUGCAGAACAACGAAUGAAUGCCACCAUGCUGACAGAGGAGCUUGGGGUGGCGAUUCGACCGGCAGUUUUGCCAACAAAAAAGGUGGUUUGGAGAGAGGAGAUUCAAGGAAUGAUGAGAAUUUUGAUGCAGACAAAAGAAGGGAAGUGUAUAAGGGAAAAAGCUAAAAAACUAAAGAUGAGCGCGAAAAAUGCACUAAGUGAAGGAGGUUCGUCUUACAACUCAAUUUGUGAGCUUGUGAAGAAUAUUUGUACCAGAUAGUUGUGAUCCUAUUUUUUCAAUUAUGAA